CACCACAGCCUCCAGCGCGGGCGGGAGUCCUACAUCCCGGUCCCUCCCUCCCUCUUUCUCUCUCCCCGCCUUCCCGGUGCUGCCACAGUGGCGGGUCGGAGGAUCCCGGCCAGUCAGGUCGUUCCUGCCUCGUGCUCCUCCUCCUCCCAAAUAAACAGCCCUCCCCACGCCUCGGGCGCCCGGACCGCCCCCUUCCUCCCUCGGCCGGCGUGUUGUGAGGGAGAGUGUGAGCCAGCGAGCGCGGGCGGGCGGCGACCCCGCGAGUGCGCGAGGCAGGGAAGCCAGGAGGAGACGGAGCCGAGCCCGGCCUGAGCAAGCGGCCGCGCACCGAGGAGGCGACGGCGGACGGCGGCGGCGGGAUGCAGAACGAACCUCUGACCCCAGGUUACCAUGGAUUCCCAGGGCGGGAUAGCCAGGGUAGCCAGGAGCCAACAACAACUCCUGAAGCAAUGGUUCAGCCUUUUACUACCAUCCCAUUCCCACCACCUCCACAGAACGGAAUUCCUACAGAAUAUGGAGUGCCACACACUCAGGACUAUGCCGGCCAGACCAGUGAGCAUAACCUGACACUCUAUGGAAGUACGCAAGCCCAUGGGGAGCAGACCAGCAACUCACCCAGCACACAGAACGGAUCUCUCCCGCAGACAGAAGGUGGAGCACAGACAGAUGGCCAGCAAUCACAGACACAAAGUAAUGAGAAUUCUGAGAGUAAAUCUACCCCUAAACGACUGCAUGUCUCUAAUAUUCCUUUUCGUUUCCGGGACCCUGACCUCCGGCAAAUGUUUGGGCAGUUUGGCAAAAUCCUAGAUGUAGAAAUAAUCUUUAAUGAGCGUGGCUCUAAGGGAUUCGGGUUCGUAACUUUCGAGAAUAGUGCUGAUGCAGACAGGGCCAGGGAGAAAUUACACGGCACCGUGGUAGAGGGCCGUAAAAUCGAGGUGAAUAACGCUACAGCACGUGUAAUGACUAAUAAGAAGAUGGUCACACCAUAUGCAAAUGGUUGGAAAUUAAGCCCAGUAGUUGGAGCUGUAUAUGGCCCCGAAUUAUAUGCAGCAUCCAGCUUUCAAGCAGACGUGUCCCUAGGCAAUGAUGCAGCAGUGCCCCUAUCAGGAAGAGGGGGUAUCAACACUUACAUUCCUUUAAUCAGUCUCCCUUUAGUUCCUGGCUUCCCUUACCCAACUGCAGCCACCACGGCGGCUGCUUUCCGAGGAGCCCAUCUGAGGGGCAGAGGGCGGACAGUAUAUGGUGCAGUUCGAGCGGUACCUCCUACAGCCAUCCCCGCCUAUCCAGGUGUGGUUUACCAGGACGGAUUUUACGGUGCUGACCUCUAUAUAGAAUCUGCAAACUGCUUCAGAUCAAACAGGGUGGAUAUGCAGCCUACAGAUAUGCACAGCCUGCUACUGCAACUGCAGCCACAGCCGCUGCAGCCGCUGCAGCCGCUUACAGCGACGGUUAUGGCAGGGUGUACACAGCCGACCCCUACCAUGCCCUUGCCCCUGCCGCUAGCUAUGGAGUUGGCGCUGUGGCGAGUUUAUACCGAGGUGGCUACAGCCGAUUUGCCCCCUACUGAAGUGACGUGAGACCGCUGCAAAUGGGACAGCCCCCAGUCAUGAGGCCUGGCUAUUGCAAUAUUUACUAGUAGAGGAACUCUAUAGCAAGAUGAAGAGGAAAAACAAACAAACAAAAAAAAAAACCACAAAAAAAGAGAGAAUACUUUUUUAUACCUCACUAUGUUCUUUGAAUAUGUAUUUUUCCUUUAAAUUUUCUGCCUUUAAUUCUUUUGUUCCAAAGAUUGUGCAUUUUUGCUUUUUUUCCCUUUUUUUUAACUGUGGUAAAAAAAAAAAAAAAAAAAAAGAUAAUGCAUUUCCAUGUCUGUAUGUCCAUGCUUAGCUUACUCUGUCAAUCUUGGAAGAGGCAGUUAAUGAGGAAGGAGAGAUAUUAGUAGCUGAUAAAUGCAUCUGAUCAGAAAUCAGCAGACAGAAUUACCAAAGUGUAUCUGGUGCUGAGUGGCUAGGGGAGGACGAGCAGAGGUAGAAGAGCUCUUUCUGCAACAGCAUAUUCUGUAGUCUUCUGAAUUUCUGAUCUUAGGCAGGUGGUUCUGAUUGGGUGUGGCUGGAAUCCACAUGCCAAUAGAUAGGAAUUUGUGUUUGCUAAGCAGGGGAAUUAAAAAAACACUUUCCUCUCCUCUUCCCACCUGUCUUCUCCAUACGUUCUACAGUCAUCUUAAUACAUACAGCCUGAAACGAUUGGCAUCCCUUUUGGAAUUACAGUAUUGAUAUUUCCAGACAUGCUCUCAGGCUGAGUAAUAAACACCUCAUUAGGAAGUCGAUCUCAGAAUGAGUUCUGGAGUAUGAAAACACUUGUUUCUUUUCUUCCCUGUAACCUAGCAUUCCUGUUGGGCUUCUGAUCCCCUUUAAUUGUACCACAGCUUAGCUCAUGUAUUCUUUUAUUCAUAUGCUGCUCCCAUGUCCUCAAGAUUCAGGAAUUUAGGACCCAGGGACAGAAGAAUGAAUAGCCAGUGGCCAGAUUUCCUCCAGGUAUCUGGGGACAGCUUGAGGAUUAAAAGUACAAAGUGUUUAGAGCCAUUAGAGAGGCUGCAGAAGAGAAGAGGAAUACUGGAAGGCCUGAUAUUCCUUAUGUCAGAAAGUAGUACAAACAAACUAUUAAAAACCUAGUAAUCUGUUAGGGAAAGAUAAGGCACCAUGCGCAGGGGUCAGCUAUUCCUGCAAGUUUUGGUAAUGAGGACAUGUGAGGGCAAUCCGGGGCACUGUGUACUUGCUCCAAAGCCAUAGGAAUUUUCAUCUUCCAGAGCCUCUGUGAGUUACGUUUCUACCCAGUCUCCAGCCCUCAUGACCAUUGCACACAGCUUCUCAUUAUCUUCCAAAGACACCCAGCUGAGCACCUGGACUACCUGGUGCAUGUUAACACUAUAGGACAUGAACGCCAGAGCCCAUAUUGAGAGGAGGAUGUGACGUGGCCAGGAUCUUCCUGCAGGGCCACAACAGUGAGUCACUGUUCUUGCUGUCGGGCUUUGGUUUUAUUUUACCAAGGUCAGGGAGAAAGUAGUUCUCUUUCAACUCUUAGAUGUAUCUGAUAGAAACAAGUGUCCUACAGCAUUUCCAAAAAAGAAGGCAUUAGGAAGUAGACAAGCCUGGUCUGCUUGGCUCCCUGGUCAGUUCACAUUGGUACUGGAGUGACCUUUUACCCAAAGUAUAGCUGCUAAACGGAGUAAUUCAGAGACAUGGAGAUUCUGCUUUGUUGUGGGCUUGGUUUGGGUUUGGUUUUUCACUGCUGCCUCCACACGUGUUCUUGACUGAAAACAUUCGUGUCCCUGAAUUAAAAUGGCCAAUGUAUAUGUGACAGCAUCAA